UUUCACUUUCUAAAAAAAAACAAAAAGAAGAGAGAAGAAAAAAAAAAAAAAAAAAGAGAAAAUCGAAACGAUAGAUUACGCUUCACUCAAUCAAGCGCUAACUUCGAGAGCUAACUCCAGAAAAGAAAAUAAAUUAAAAUCCACCGCCGCUCGCUCACUUCCAAGUCCCAUAUCUCGCUGAUCACACGACGUCCGUGUUUCUUUCAAACCAAAAUGGCGUCCAAACUCGGCGCUUGCUCACGCGCAACCACACGCUAUGCUCAUUUCCAGAAAACUGGGAAACCCCUGUUUUUACCUCUGGAACAAUCCCUAUUCGCCGAUAAAUCGAGAACCAGGAUCGUUGGAAGCUCGAGAAUUAGGGCUUCGAAUGAUGGGAACUCGUACCUGGACAUGUGGAAGAACGCCGUCGAUCGCGACAAGAAGACUGUUGAGUUCCAAAGAAUCACUGAAAGAGUGUCCGGAACCGACAAUGGUAAUGAUGCUGAUAAUGAUGGUGGUUGGAACAUGAAUUUGGAGAAGAAAAGCGAAGAUUUUAAGAAGAUUUUGGAUGUUUCCAAGGAGGAGAGGGACCGCACUCAGCGAAUGCAGGUCAUUGAUCGGGCCGCGGCAGCGAUUGCGGCUGCUCGUGCCAUACUGAAGGAUAGGCAGUCUGGAAAUGAUAAGGCAAAUGACGACGGAGCUAGUAGCAAUUUAACCCGUGAACGCGGAGGCGGAGCGGAAAAUAAUCAAGACGCUUUAAAUAAUGGAAGCGUUUUUCCCUCUCCAUCUGAGACUUCUGGAAAUGGAGUACCUGGGCCAGAUUUUUGGUCUUGGACACCUCCUCCUGGUACUGAGAAGACUCAAUAUGACGCUGACUUGUUGGAAGCUAAAAGAUCUUUGAUAUCUCCUAUUUUGGCAAGCCCUGUGGCAAUGAAAGAGCGAUGUUUGGAUUUUCUCAAUAUUCCACUUGAAAGUAAACUCUCAGAGAGUAGCUCCAACCCUCCUAUUCCUCCUUUGCAAUCACUGAUGGAGGUUAAAAAAGAAGAGGUCUCCAUAUCUAGUCCUGAUAUGCCUUCUCUAAAAGAGGAAGAGCAAGAACUUAAUCUUUUAUUUCAUGCACAUGAACUGGAAGCGGCUUAUGUUCUUGAUGAAGUUGACGAUGAAUUUUCUGGAGUAGAUCCAAAUGGAUCGAGGUGGUGGAAGGAGACAGGAAUUGAGCAAAGACCUGAUGGUGUUAUUUGCAGGUGGACUAUGACCAGGGGUGCUAGUGCUGACCAAGAUGUUGAGUGGCAAGAGAAGUUUUGGGAAGCUUCUGAUGAGUUUGGUUAUAAGGAACUUGGUUCAGAGAAAUCAGGAAGAGAUGCUACUGGAAAUGUAUGGCGUGAGUAUUGGAGAGAAUCAAUGUGGCAGGAAUCUGGGCUUAUGCAUAUGGAGAAAACUGCAGACAAGUGGGGGAAGAAUGGAAGAGGUGAUGAGUGGAAAGAGGAAUGGUGGGAACAUUAUGAUGCCUCCAACCAAGCUGAGAAAUGGGCACAUAAGUGGUGCACUGUUGACCCAACCACACGGCUUGAGGCUGGUCAUGCUCAUGUAUGGCAUGAAAGGUGGGGUGAGAAGUAUGAUGGACAUGGUGGCACCAUAAAAUACACUGACAAAUGGGCUGAGCGAUGUGAGGGUGAUUGCUGGACAAAGUGGGGUGAUAAAUGGGAUGAACAUUUUGAUCCAAAUGGUCGCGGUGUCAAGCAAGGGGAGACGUGGUGGGAAGGUAAGCAAGGAGAACGGUGGAAUCGCACUUGGGGUGAGCGCCAUAAUUGUUCUGGAUGGGUUCACAAGUAUGGAAAGAGCAGCAGUGGGGAGCACUGGGACACACACGUGGCGCAGGAGACAUGGUACGAGAGAUUCCCACAUUUCGGUUUCUAUCACUGCUUUGAUAACUCAAUCCAGCUCCGGGAAGUUCCAAAGCCGUCUGACCGUCAUGAAGUUCUGAAGCCAUCUGACCUACAUUAAGCAUAAAUUUUGUGUUUUCUUCUAUAUGUUUUAUCAUCCAUUACUUUUCUGCCUUCAUUAAUUUAUAAUUCCUUGCAGACUGAACUAGUAUUGCACAUAAGUCACAGAAACCCUUUUUCAUGAAUUGCAUCAUAUUUUCUUUUGUCAAAA